UUUCCCGGAAAGAUCAAUGAAAUGGGGCGGGGCUUCGGAGUUGUAUAGUUGCUGACAGUCUGAUAUGUAUACAGUGUUAGUUGGAGGGCCGACAUGGCAGAAGACCAUGCGGCCUUGGUACAAAAUGAAUCUAAAUAUGACUCGUCGAGUAUACCGGACGAAACCGAUGCACUGACGUCAUCAUGUUUGUCCCAGAAUGACGUGUAUUCCAACCUCAACACUUGCGAUGAUUCCAUAACGUAUACAGAGAGUUUGGAGGUAGAUGUCAUCUACUCUGCCCCACCUCUUCAGGAUUUAUACCGUUAUCACGUGUUCUUUUCACAUUCUCCAGAGGACCAAUCAUGGGUUUUCGAUAUUGUCACAAGGCUCCAAUCAGAACCGUACAACUACAGGUGCUACUACAGCGGGAAUUUCAACCAACAACAACCGAAUAUUUUACCAAACGAACUAUGUGCUGCAAUGUUAAGCGAGCGUGUCGUGGUGGUUCUCACGAGACAUUACGUGAAAUCAACGUGGUUUGAAUUCCAGGAUGUUCUUCAAAAUUUGACUCAGUGUAGUUUGUAUAGACAGCGCAUGCUCACUGUGCUACUAAGGGAAUGUUCUAUACCAGAACCACUACAAAGUAUAGGCUUUUUGGAUGCUAGGGAGAGUGACUUUUUCAGGUGUCUAGUUCGUCAUUUAAAGAGUGAGGGACUACCGAGAAGUUCUGAGUCUUUCAGUAGUGAGAUGAGCUGCAUUUUGUAUUCCCCAACAAAUAUAGAGAACGGUCAGCUUCUGGCCACUGUCCAGAUAGACGUGCUUGGCCGCUGGAGGGCUCAGCUGACCUGUAAAGACGAUGACGAUGUGCCCACGCCUCUCUGUUGUCAUGGAGUUAGCAUGAGCUAUGGAGAGUUCAUUAAUAUUCUUCAGACAUUGACCGGUCCAACCAAUGAAGACGGAACAUUUAGUUUCUUGUUCUCCCUGCGGCCAGUCCUCUUCCUUCUUGUUGCAGUGGGAGUGUGGCUAACCACAUUUAUUUUUGUACUCAUAUUCCUCAGAGACGAAUCAAAACAUAGUGCCUUAGGUAUCAGACUCCCCGUAUUUUCCUUUCCUAUGCUGUUUGUGCUGUAUGGGUACGGCAUUCGCUGGAAACGUCAGGAGCGGAAAGACAAGAUCGUGAAGUCAAUGCUACUGACCUGCGUUGCAUUGAACGAACGCCUCUACGAGUCGGAGAAGCCUGUUUUACUUACAGUCACCGCUGCCAGGAAGGGAGUAUUUUCUCUACAUUUUUUGUACUUUUGUAUGUUCGACUGUGUGGGAGACGUAGACUUGUUACUAAACACUUAUAUGGAGGAAGAUGCGGAGAAGUUUGCAACACUUGUAGAGUUAUAUACCAAAAAUCAGGACUACGUCAUACAGGCUACAAUGGCCGAGCGAUUGUGUGUGAUGCUGUCGGCACCCUACCUACAUCGAAUGCUUCAGAAACAGCUGCCCAAGUCCUCGAAGCAGCGCCACACCAACCACACCUUCUGUCUGUGUCAAUUCAUCGAACUUUUCAUUGAGGACUUCUUCGCGUGCCUCACAAAGAAGAAAAUGGCGAAGGAACUUCGUUUAGUUCUACACAAACAUCUCAAUUUCCUUGUUAAAAAAAAAACGCUACGAGAAAACGAGGACAAACUAGCAAUCAGUGAAGACUUCAGUUUCAUUUCUACGUAAUCGGUCAUGAAAUUUUAAAUGUUGCA